CAACAACGAAGAAGACAACGACGACAACGACGACAAUGAACCCAUGACGCAUGACAAAGGAUCUAAUGGAACACUUAAUCAACCCAUUGAUUUCAACAACAUGUCUAUCAAUGAAGCAGGCACGAUUGCCAGAGUCGAAGUGGUUAAUUUCAUGUGUCAUAAAUACCUCAAGAUUGAUUUUGGACCCAAAAUCAACUUUGUCAUUGGUCAUAAUGGAAGUGGUAAAAGUGCUAUCUUGACAGCGAUCACAUUAGCCCUGGGUGCUAACGCCAGUUCCACUAACCGUGGUAAAAACCUCAGUGCGUUUAUCAAAGAAGGUGCCAGUAUGGCCAACAUCACCAUCAUCUUGACCAAUCGCGGUGAAUCUGCUUACAAACCUGACGUCUAUCCCGAUCUGAUCAUUAUUGAACGUCGCAUCAGUAAAGACGGCCCUUCACCUUACAAGAUCAAGAACUCGUCCAACCAUAUCGUGUCUCAAAAGAAAGAAGAACUGGUCGCUAUUCUGGACCAUAUGAACUUACUCAUCAAUAACCCCUUGACUGUCUUGACACAAGACAUGGCACGUAAGUUCCUAAGUGAUAGCACACCUGAAGAUAAAUACAAACUCUUUAUGCACGGUACACAACUGACGAACCUCAAGAACGAUUUCGAAUCUGUCCGUGAAAGUCUGGAGACUGCUAAAGCCAUCUUGGACAGAAAGAAAGAAAUUUUGCCUGUCCUUCAAGCAAAAGCCAAUGAAGCACAAAAACGAUAUAAGGAAGUAGAAGCAUCCAAAGAGAUUGAAAACGACAUUGAUGUCUUGAACAACGAAUUGGUGUGGUCUCAAAUCAUUCAAAAGGAAAAAGAAGCAGAGAAAUUGAAACGUGAGGCAAAUGUAGCUCAACAUACACUGGAACAGAUAAAAGAAGCGUAUGAAGCACAAAAAGAGAAGGUCAAUGUGUGUCAGGCUAAUAUAGUUCAGGUCACAGAAGAAUGGGAACAGUUCAAAAAUCAACCUGAUCUUGAUGCUGAAGAACGUAAUGAACUGACGAUUCAAAAGACAGAUAAACUCUUGAAAAUCAAAGAAUUAAAGGCUGACCUGACAGAGAUCAAUCAUGCCAUCAAGACAACCAAGGCUGCUAAGCAAAAACACCAAGAAUUGAUGCAAGCAGAAACCGAAAAAUUAGAAGCCAGCAGCCAACUUAAACGAAAUGAAAUCCUUCAAGAAAUCAAUCGAUGCAAACAACUGAUUGAACACAAAUCUGGCAAAGCCAAGCAGUUCAGUAUCGAAUUUGAAGGCCUAGAAGAAGAGCGCAAGCAGGCCAAAGAAACUUACCAACAGAUGCAACAUCAAUUGGCCGAAAUCAAUCAAUUCAAACAACGCGUGGAAAGCGAUAUUCGAAAACUAGAAGAUCAACGGGGUGAUGAGCUCAAGGCGUAUGGACGUCGUAUGCCUGAAGUUCUGCAGGCCAUUCGAAGCGAGACACGAUGGGAGAAAAGAAGGCCUGUAGGUCCAUUAGGUGUUCAUCUGUCUUUACAACAGCCACAAUAUGCUGAAGUCAUUGAAGCUGUGUUGAACAAGAGUCUCAAUGCUUUUGUGGUCGAAUCGUUUCGAGACAAGAACUUGUUGUUUCGUAUCUUGUGUCGUUUUGAAAUGAGGCAGAUUCCUAUCAUUGUGUCUGACUAUGAUCUGUUUGAUUAUACAGAAGGUGAGCCUGAUCCUCAAUACAUGACAGUCCUUCGUGCGAUCAAGUUUGAGGAUGAAUGGGUCAAGCGUCAAUUGAUCAAUGCCAACAAGAUUGAAAAGAUUCUGUUGAUGGAAGACCGUCAAAAGGCAGACCAAGUCAUGUACCAAAAGCCAAAGAAUAUUGAUCUCUGCUUUACGAGCAAUUGUUAUAGAGUGGGUGGUAAAUCAGGUAUGCGAACAGAAUCGAUUGACAAAUACCGUGGUCCUCCUCGGUUCCGUAAAGACUUGGACCAUUUGAUCAAGAAGCGUCGUGGUGAAUUAGCCAAAAAGAUAGAAGAAUAUGAACGUUUGGAACUCGAAUCAAGAGAACUUAAGACUCGGCUGAUGGACUUGGAGAAGCGAUCUAAAGAAUGCAAGCGUUCUGAAUACGCCUUGGAUCGCGAGAUUAAGAACCUGGAGCGCGUGGUGGCCGAGAAAGAAGAAGCCAUGAGAGAAGAUGACCCUGUUGAUUUAAACAUGUAUCAAGAAGACAUUCGUCUCUGUGACACCAAGAUUCGAAGUCUUGUUCAACAAUUCCAAGAUAUCAAGAACCAACAGAAUGCAUUGACAAAAGAAGUACAGGAAGUGAUUAUUCGACUCAAGACACUCGAGAACAAUUAUUUGCGAAGAGAAGAGCAGUCGAAUGAGUUCCGUGUCAAGCUCAACAAGUUGGGUGACAUAAAGAGUCAAGUGCAAGGUGAUUUAGAACAACUCGGCAAUAAGUUACAGACAACCAAACUGAGAUAUGAAGGCAGACGAUCUGCUUAUGCUGAAUGUGAUCAACUUGUGAAUGAAUGGAUUCAGCAAGCACAAGAAGAAUAUCCUGACCGUGUUCAUACUGACCGUAGUCCUCAUGAAGUAGAGAAAGAAAUCAGGCGUUUAGAAGGUAUUGCCAAGAACAUGGAAAAAGAAAGAGGCAUUUCUCUUGAUCAAUUGACAAGGGAGACAGAAGAAGCCAUGACACAAUGGAAUGAAGCAGACGCUGUUAUCAAAGGCAUGGAGAAACUGUCUAGAUCACUCUCUAAAAUGUUGGCAGAAAGAAUGAGCAAAUGGGAAUCCUUUAGAAGUUAUAUCUCUUUGUCUGCUAAACACUAUUUCAGUUACUAUCUUCAUAUGCGUGGUGAUGAAGGUACACUUCGAUUCAAUCAUCAAACAAAACGAUUAGAUAUUCGUGUGUCUACCGGGGAUCAAUACAGUAAAGGAUCCCGUCAAAAGGACUCUCGAUCACUUUCUGGUGGUGAGAAGUCCUUUUCUCAAAUCAGUUUAUUAUUAUCUUUAUGGCAGAGUAUCUCUUCACCCAUUAUUUGUUUGGAUGAAUUUGAUGUGUUUAUGGAUGCUGUCAAUCGAAAGCAAACGAUGAGUAUGAUAAUGAAUGCUGCUAGUGACAAUUCUUCGCAGUAUAUUCUGAUUACACCUCAAGAUGCUAGUAAUAUGGAACCAGGCCCAUAUGUUACUGUUCAUCGCUUACAAGAUCCUGAGCGUGGUUCAUAAAGAAGAAGAUGAAGAGGAGGGCGGCGCCACUUGAAUUUAAAUAGUAUGUUGGCUUAAAAUAAAAUUAUAAAUAAACGGGGUUUGUGACACACCUCUUUGAGGUUUGUUAUGUGGCUAAUUAAAGUGUAACGCCAAGACGAUAUAAAUAAAUGUAAUUUAUAAAGGGA